AUCCCGCGUGCUCAGCGCAGCAGCACUCUAGUUCUCUCCAAGUCCGCUGCUGCACCCUUAAAAGCCAAGAUCAUGGAGUCGAUAGCAAAAAUCUCCAGUCUCAUGGAGACGGCUCGCGAGCUUACCCUCGACGCCGCACAGGCUACACGAAACAUGCGACCUGGCUCCACGAAGCUUCUGGAUAGAAACCAGAUGCGAAAGCUGCUUGACAGCAGAAGCGACCGCGAUAUCCUUGACGGACUGCGCCGUGUGACAGGUAUGAUGUACAAGAACCAAAAGACGCUCCCCUUCUUCUCCUCAGUCGUGAAAAACGUCGCCUCACCCAAUAUCGAAAUCAAGAAGCUCGUAUACAUCUACCUUAUCCACCAUGCCGAGCAGGAACCCGAUCUUGCGCUGCUCUCUAUCAACACCAUCCAAAAGUCGCUCUCCGACAGCAACCCCGUGGUUCGCGCCCUCGCCUUGAAGACGAUGGCUGGUAUCCGAGUACCAGUUAUUAGCCAGAUUGUAUCGCUUGCCAUCAAAAAGGGUGUCGCCGACAUGAGCCCGCAUGUUCGAAAGGCCGCUGCCCUCGCCAUCCCUAAAUGCUACUGCCUCGACCCGUCACAGUCGCCGCAGCUCAUUGAUUAUCUAACCACCCUGCUUGCUGAUAAGCAAUAUUUUGUUGCUGGUGCGGCGGUGGCAGCGUUCCGGGAGAUUUGCCCAGAGAGGAUCGAUUUGAUUCACCCAAACUACCGAGGGCUGGUACGGAAGCUUGUCGACAUGGACGAAUGGAGCCAGCUCGCAGUGCUGAGACUGAUGACUGUGUAUGCGAGAAAAUGCUUCCCGCGAAGGAAAGCAGUGAAAGCAGAAGCCGAGGUGCGGAAUACCAGUGACGAAUUCUAUGACGAGGCGACCACCGAUACACAAAAUGCGAUUGAUCCCGAUUUACGAUUCCUCUUGAAUAGUAUAAAGCCCCUGCUACAAAGCCGCAACUCAGCUGUUGUAAUUGCCGUCGUGAGAUGCUACGUCGAUAUUGGUACAAAAGACUACGUCAAGCUGGCGAUAGGGCCGCUAAUUGCUUUAAUGCGUGGUGCUCAGGACAUUCAGCAGCUGGCGCUCUACAACAUUGUUUCAAUAUGCCUCAUGCGUCCAAAGGACUUUGUCAAGUACGCUAGCCAUUUCCUGGUUAGAUCUACGGAUGGAGCUGCUGUUUCGGAGCUCAAGUUUGAGAUCCUUACUCUCAUCUUCCCGUACAGCCCAAACCAUGUCAAGAGCCUCAUCUUGAAGGAAUUGGAACACUUUUCAAAGGGAACCAACAAGAGCCUUGUCAGGGACGCCGUUCGCGCCAUUGGACGAUGCGCACAGUCUGACAAGGCUACUUCGUCAAGAUGUCUGCGGCUCUUGCUUAGCCAGAUUACCAGCCUGGACGGAGCUCUAGCCGCCGAGUCGCUGACAGUUAUCCGACACCUUAUUCAACAAGACCCAGAUAGCCACGGCAACACGGUCAUUCUGCUGGCACAAAACCUAGACUCUGCAACGGACCCCCGAGCAAGAGCAACCAUUGUCUGGCUGGUCGGCGAAUUUUCUGGACUGAAUGGCGAAGACAAUAUUGCACCUGAUGUUCUUCGCAUCCUACUUAAAGACUUUCCAAGUGAAUCAGAAGAAGCGAAGCGCCAGAUUUUGCUUCUUGCUGCCAAGGUCCACUUGCAUCAGGUGAACCGCGAAGCGGAAAAGGCAAAGCUAGAGGCCUCUGAAGGCGACGAGAAGAUGACCAUGACUGAGACGCACCCGACCCAGCUGCUGUGGGAAUACACUUUGCAGCUUGUGCGAUAUGAUGUCUCGUACGAUUUGCGUGAUAGAGCGAGAAUGUUCAAGGCGUUGUUGGCAGUACCCCAGCUGGCCACGCUGAUGCUACUUGUGCCUAAGCUUGCUCCUCAGGCACCUAGCCCAUCCGAAUCACGAAAGGGCUUUGCACUAGGCUCAUCAACACUUGUACUAGAGGGUGGUGGUGGCAUCCACGGGCUACGUGGAUAUGAGACGCUCCCACCAUGGGUUGAAGCUGGCCAGGAACCAGACCCUAAGCUUCGCGAAGAAGAAGUAACUGCCAGCUCAAGAUACGACAGCCCACGAAGUGCCAUGCCCGCUGGUGACAUGCUGGACCAAGCCGCCAAGUCUGCUCCGGCGAAGGGCCCUGCCAUUGAUGGACUGGGGAAGAAGACCCUGGAUGACUGGUUGGCCGAAGAAGAGAGUGAGGAGGAGGAAGAUGAUGAUGAAGAAGAAGAAACGGAAAGCGAGGAGGAAACUGAGGAAGAGAGUGAAGAGGAGAGCGAAUAUGAAGAGGAAGCCGAUGAGGAAGGCGAAGGUGAUAGACUUGUUUCGUCAUGAGCAUUUUAGCGCGCAUAUCUGGUAUACAAUAGAGAUUUCACGUUAUAAUGAAUAAUGCCAUGGACAUUUUUACCCUGCAGCAGCAAUAGACAAGCCGUGGUGAUAAAAUGAGGAGUGCAAUAUGCAGUGGGUAAAUGUAAAUACAGUCUAUAAAACGCCGUCUAAUCCAAAACAAAUCCAAAAAUAAUGCAAUCGCCGUACCGACCAUAUGACAUGUCUUCCUUUUUGCAAACAUCUUACACAUCGCUACGAGGUCCCUCGUCAGAGGUAUCGUGGGGCGAGUUCUUGCGCUCCUGCUCGGCGCCGUCGAUGAGCUGGUCGCCGUCAAUCUUGGUUCCUCCGUUGAUCAUGCGAGGGAAGUAAAUUCCGGGAUGGAAAAUAGUGAGCAGAGCAGCAGUAACGAGCACAAGGGUGCUAUCGAGGACAAGGAAAGAUGGCUCAUCCUGCAUGAUCUUGUUGCCCCAACCGCCAGCCAUUUCAGCAACACUAGGAAUGAGUUAGUAUAGAGCUUUCUUCACACACUACGA